CCAAAUUUGGGUGGUGCGUCUGCGGCUGGAGACGCCAGCAAGCGUCCAAUUUGCGUUGCCUACCGAGAGGGGCGGUGUGAAUUCGGUGCUUGGUGCUUUUGGAGCCACGGGAAUGAUGCAGUCAGCUCGAUGGCGGGCGUCGCUCCAGGUGGCCGGGACCAACGAAAGUUUGAUCCAGCAUUCGUCGCACCGCCGACGCGGGACCCAAUGAAUCGCCCUGUGCUUGAUCGUCGCAGCAGCACAGCGUCGGUGCCAGCAAUUGACACCAGCGGCCUGCCUCCACCACCCGCACGAGGGAGGUCGUCCACUAGUAAGGACAGGAGCAGCUCGAAAGACUCAGAAGGAUCGAAAGCGCGCUCGACUUCGAGGCUUGGGCGUGCCGUGAGUUCACUUUUUGGCGGAAAAGGUGGCAUCUU